GAAUGCGAGAUGUGGGUAGUCGCUCCUCUAUAGUGACGGUAGCGACUGAAAGAUGCAACGGGUCAGAUUAGCAAGCUUAUCGAAAGGACAGCACCAAGACAGCCUUCAAAACGCGAGGCAUGUCUUGGGACGAGGAGAAUAUGAUGCGCGCCGCACGUGAUGGGCGCGUUCGCCGACGAGGCGGUCGCCCAGCCGCGUCCUUCGGCGUCCUCCUCCUCGCCGUUCCUCUCAGCGCCGCAUCGGUGCUCACUGACUGCUACGCCUCGUCACUGUCGUCAAGCUCAAGCGACUUCGUUCGGUACAGGAACCCUAACCUCUCCGUCCCGCUCCUCCCGAUCGCCGAUGGCCUGGGCUUGUGUGUGACUCCCGUCGGACUCAAAUCCUCUGGUACUUUCAUUGGAUUCCCCGAAUGGAUGCACUGCCGGGUUUCCCUCUCCUGGGCCCGCAUCGCACAGCUGGAAGGAGAGCAGAUGCGUGCUUCGUCAGAGCGUGGAAGGGCUAGCACAGGUCGGGAGAUGGACCUUCCCUCUCUGAAGACCGCAUUCCUCCACGAUGUCACAGGGGACCACGGUACGCGGUAGGAGAGUGAUUCGUUGACCCAGGUCGACGUCUGCCUCUUCGUUCUCUCCCACCGCACGACGCGCUCUGCGCGUGCAGUACGCGCCCCUCCGCUCCUUUGUGACGAUCCGCCUAUGGCCGCAGCCCGCCCCACCGGCAGAGGUCCGCCGUCCGACUUUUCAGUCAAGGCACCCUCCUCCGAGACACCGUAUCUCUCACUGCAAACGGAGGCUAGACAAUCCAGUCACUGUCUCGGAU